AUGUCGCACGAGGCAUCCAGUGAGAAGAAGGGCGACUCGGACCUGCGCAGCGCAAGCGGCACGGGCAUGGCAAGCGGGCAGGCCCUCGGAGAAAAGGCCGCGGUGCCGAGAUCGGAUGAAUCGACCGACACGGCCAGCACUGUGACCGGUGGUGUUGAUCGCGAUGACGACGGCAGAGAUGGAGACGGAGGCGCAGUAGAGCAGGUCGAGUCGCAUGCCAGCACCACGAUACCUUAUUCCAAGGCCAGGUGUAUUGCGCUCGUGGCAACGGUGACGGGGGCCGCAUUUAACAAUACGUUUUCAGUCCAAGCCGUGGUCAUCAUCCUGCCCACCAUCGGCAAGGAGCUCGACAUCCCAGACAGUCGGCUGCAAUGGAUCGUGUCGGCGUACUCGCUCGCUUUCGGCUGCUUCCUCUUGCUCUGGGGUAGAAUUGCCGACUUGUACGGCAAGAAGAGGAUCUUUGUCUGGGGCACCGUCGGCGUCGCAGUCGCCACCAUCAUCACGCCCUUUGUCCCCAACGAGAUCGCAUUUGACUUAUUGAGAGGUCUCGCAGGCUUUGGCGCCGCAGCGAAUGUGCCAACAGCACUCGGAAUCUUGGGCGUGACCUUCCCUCCAGGCAAAGCAAAGAACUUUGCGUUUGCUGCCUACGGCGCGGGCGCGCCCUUGGGCUCGAUCCUCGGCAACAUUCUCGCCGGCUUCGUUGCCUCCUACGCCUCCUGGAAGUGGGUGUUUGGCGUCAUGGCCAUCCUGUCGGGCAUCGCCGCCGUCGUCGGCGUCUGGGUGAUCCCGUCGCCCACGGCCACCCUCCACGGCGAGGGCGUUAAGGCCAAGAACACGAUCGACUGGGUCGGUGCCGUCCUCGUCACCCUCGGCCUCUUCGGCCUCCUCUUCGCCCUGACCGAGGGCAACGUCGUCGGCUGGUCCACGCCCUGGAUUCCCGUCGUCAUCGUCCUGUCGGUUGUCCUCAUGGUCCUCUUCGUGCUCUGGCAGCGCCGUCUCGAGAACCGCGGCCGGCGCGCGCCGCUCAUGAAGGUGUCCAUGUUCCACAGCAAGCAGUUCAGCGCGGCCAUGCUCAUCAUGGCCUUGUCCUUCUCGUCGUUCAACGGCUUCAUGAUCUACGCGACCUACUUCUACCAGUCCUACCAGGGGCUCGGCGCGCUGCAGACGACGCUGCGCUUCAUCCCCACGGGCGUCGUCGGCGUCGCGACCUCGUUCGUCGUCGCGCACCUGCUGCACCGCGUGCCGACCUGGAUCCUGCUGCUCGUCGGCUCGCUGUGCAUCGCGCUCUGCAACCUGCUGUUCGCCGUGCCCAUCCCCAGCACGACGAGCUACUGGGCCUACGGCCUCGAGGCCAUGUCGCUCUCCGUCAUCGGCGUCGACACCGCCUGGCCCAGCCUCACGCUCUUCACGUCGCAGGCCCUGCCCAAGUCGGACCAGGCGCUGGGCGGCGCGCUCGUCAACGCCGUGGGCCAGGUCGGGCGCGCCAUCGGGCUCGCCAUCGCCACGGCGAUCCAGACGGCCGUCAUGGCCUCGGCGCGCGGCGUCACGGUCGAGCAGGUCGGGCCCGUGCUGCCGUGGGACGAGCCCUCGCUGCAAGGGCUGCGCACGGCGUCGUGGUUCAACUUUGCCGUCGGCGCGCUGCCGGUGAUCGUCGCGAUCGUCGCCUUCCGCGGCUCGGGAGUCCUCGGGAGCGCAAAGGCCAAGGAGCCUGCCGUCGCACCGCAGCAGCGGCGGCGGCAGAGAGAUGAGGAGGCUGCCGUCGUCGCGGAGGUGGCCGAGGCCAAGUGA